AUGAAGGAGAUAAUAUCUAAAAAGAGAACAAUUGGAGAUGAGACAACAACCUUUAUUGAGAAUUAUAGUGCAGUGUCACAAGGUAGGAGAAUCCUCAUCAAACAGAAAGAUCCGGGAGCUGUCAUAAUCCCCUGCGCUAUAGAAGACAGAACUUUCAAGAAUGUUUUGAUUGAUUUGAGAGUUGGUGUGAGUCCUAUGUUGUUUUCCAUCCAUCAAAAACUUGGUAUUGGAAAGGUCAGCAAUACAGGUACAAAUCUAAAAUUUGCAGAUCAAUCCGCAAAGCAUGCAUAUGGGAUAAUGGAAGACGUAAUAGUGACAAUAGAUGAAUUUAGUUUCCCUGUUGAUUUUGUGACCAUAGACAUGCCUGGGGAUGAAGAGACACUUAUCAUUCUUGGUUGA